UGGUGCACUGGCUCCCACAGAGGAAAAGUAUAGGAAAAUAACAAACAAAGACAUUGAUAUACGCUACGUAACAUUCAAUUACACAAUUUAUUAACCACUCAGUAUAUUAUUAAAUACUUGGUACAUUAAUAUCUACAGUUGGAAUAAUUUAUAUAUAUAUAUAUAUAUACACCAGGGCCCGUAUUUAUCAAGGAACUUAAGUCAUAAAAAAAACUUAAGUCAGCUAAAAAUACUUAAGUUUUUACAAUUUUGACUUAAGUUUCAUAAAACAGCUUAAGUCAUAUUUAUCAACCUACUUAGACUUAAGUUUGGUCCGUUUUUGACUUAACUUUUUAGCCACCUGCCGACCAGACUUAAGUUUUUUUUAAUCAACUUAAGUCAUUCUAAAGAUAAAAUGGCUGCUGGGCGUUUGCCAAGAUAUUUUAAUGAAAGGAAGCCAGUUUUGAAUCUUUAUAACGAUUUUGAACUUGUGGAGAGGUAUAGGUUUGAUAGAAAUAGUAUAGAAUAUAUCACUGACCUUUUGGCUAAGGAUAUUUGUCCACUGACUCAUAGGAGUCAGUCAGUUGACGCCGUAACCAAAGUUCUUGUUACUUUACGAUACCUGGCUACGGGGAAAUUUCAAUUAUGUAGUGGCGAUGACCAUGGGGUGAGUCAGCCCACUGUAUCUAGAAUUGUGCAACAAACACUCGAUAGUUUGACAUCGAAUGAAAUAAUUAAAAGGUUCAUAAAGUUUCCAACUGAUCCAAACGAAAUUCGCCGUCACCAACAGCGCUUUUAUAAUGUUGCGAACUUUCCCGGUGUUGUUGGCAUCAUUGACGGAACCCACAUCCAAAUUCAGGCUCCAACAGUUAAUGAAAACGAAUUUGUAAAUAGGCAUCGAUAUCACAGUAUUAACACCCAAAUAGUGGUUGAUAGUGAUGACCGAAUAAUAGACGUUGUAGCGCGAUGGCCAGGGUCAACGCAUGAUUCGAGGAUACUGACAAACAGCGGGCUGCACCAACUAUUUGAACAUCAUCGUGUACCAGUGAGCUGUCAUUUGCUUGGCGACAGCGCCUAUCCUUGUAGAAGAUGGAUUCUAACACCAUUUCUUCGUCCACUUCCUGGUCCACAGACGAAUUACAAUCGAUCACAUAAGAAGAUCAGGAGCUGCGUCGAAAGAGUCAUUGGUCAGAUGAAGAGACGAUUUCAUGUGUUACAUGGGGAAAUAAGACUCCGACCUGAAAAGGCUUGCAAGGUUACAAUUGCCUGUGCUGUUCUGCACAAUAUAUGCAAGGAGAGAGAUUUGCCCCUGGCAGAUGAUGGACAUAUACAGGGAGAGGUACCAGGAGAUGAUGGAGUUGUGGUGAACCCUCUUGCUGCAGGGGCCCAAUACAGACAGCUGUUUGCCAUUAAUCAUUUUUCAUGUAAGCAUUCACUUUUCAUGUAAGCAUUAACAAAUAUUAAUAAAUAUUAAUGGGACAGACCCUACUUGUUAAACACUAAGACAUAUUUUUCCAGUAUUAAAGCUGUUUAUGAUCAUUGAAAUCAAACAUUACUUAUAUUUUGUUGUUUAUAUUAUCCAUUAUGGAGUCAAGUUUUAAUCUACUUUAAGUGUUCAUGAAUUACAGCCAGGGCAUAUUCAAGAAAGCAAAUAGCCAUUGUCUGGUGUUGUCACAUUUCAAACACUGUAUUAAUAACAAUAACAAAUCAUUAUUUGAUAAUGAUAAUAACUUAAUGCCAGCCUUUGAUGGGUCUGUUAUGAGAUGGCAAUGUAUGACUUGUAUAUCAAAGGUGUUGGUAUGUGCUGUCCUGUGCAUACAAAGAUCCCUUUGUACUAAUGGAAAAAUGUACUGUGGUUAGUCUAAGACUAUGAGUAAUAUCAAAUUGUUGACAUCCAAUAGCCGAUGAUUAACAACACGACUACAGCAUAUUGAUUUAUUAAACAAAAUAAGCUUUAACUUUUUUCUUUUGUUUAUUGUUUACUACACAUUGAAAUGAAUCAUUGUGCAUGGCAUAUCUUUCUUAUCAAUUCAUAUAGGAUCAUCAAACGUUGUAUGCAACUCCAACGGGGGAUGGCAGUGUAUUGUGUACCACUGAGAAUUAUAAGAUGGUGAAGAAGUCUGGAUGGGUUGCCUCUCAGAGGCUGGAAUGUCUGGCUGCUGUACAGGAACUAGACUUUCUUGCUGGUGUACACGUGGCUCUGGAUGAAGUUCAGCCAUCACAACAAUUUGACUGAAAAUACACAUUGAUCAAUCAUUCAAUAAAUUAAUGCCAAUAAUAACAUUUUUCUUUGGAGUACUUAUCAUUUUACUAUUAAAAAAUAGUUUCCUUAAUAUUUUUAUCUUGUUAAGAGAGUAAGAAAUAUUUUAUUUAUUGAUGCACUCAACACAUUUCCAUUACAAUUAAACAGUGUUGGACAUACAUGUAUGGUUAAGCACCAGACACAUAAUUAAAGAUGUAACCCGCCACUGUCA